UGUUUUUAAUAAAACCGCUAGGCGCGCUGUUGUGUAACAUAUUUAGACCGCCCUUUUCAAAAUGGCGUUUGGGAAGCUCGCUGUGACAAUAGCGUCGGUGACUCUUGGCGUUUUGUUCGUCUUUAAGGGCGCUGUGAAGUUAUUUCCCGAAGUGAACGAGGAAAUCUACCAGGACUUCGUCAUGCGGUUUGGCCGGUAUUCUCCAGUCUUCCCAUUGGCCGACCUUACCGGAUUCCGCCCGCCUCCGGAUCUCUAUCGCCAGUUCGUAGCUUGGACGGAACUCGUCGCUGCUCCGAUGCUCGCUCUGUUCGGCGGAACCCUUGGAACUCUUGCCAACGUUAUCCUGUUUGGCGUCAUGCUCGGAGGAGUGUGUACGCACCUUACGCUAGGGGACCCGGUGUCCCUGUUUGCUCAGGAGCUGGGUUUGUUGAUCGUUCUGGGAUGCCUGUUUGUUCUACGGAGGGUCGAAGCUUCUAAGGCAGCUAAGGAGAAAGAACAGUGAACGAGAAAGUCACUUCUGAUGUGUCUAGUUCCACUUGUGGCAACAGUGGACCUCUCAAACCAAUCUUCAACAAGGCAAGCUGAGAUUCAAAGACUUCACCUCACACAGAACACAGAGAAGUUGGCCCCCUGGCAAAACAUACAGAAACUGCAGUGUAGAAUACUAGAAAUGCACACACUGUCAGACAAGCAGGUGUGCAUAAAUACCAUUUUAGAUCCGUGUCCAUUGUCAGAAGAUGUUGGGGUGGUGUCAUCUACAAGCACAUUUACUUGUGCCAGCGGCAGUAGAGAAGCCAGGCAGUCAGAAUACAUUACAAUCUGCUUGGAGAUUUGGAGUAACUAUUACUAUUUAUCUAUCUGCAUCUAUUUAUAAAAAGCUGACAGUUGUGCCAAAAGGUUUUCAUUCAGCAGAAGUUCAUGUUCAUAUCUAAAAGUCAAUGAACACAUAUUAUCAUUGUUUUACAAAAUCCAUGCUAGAAGAUUCUAGACUAUCGCAACCUGAGAGUAUCUGAUGAGAUAAAGUUUCGUUUUUCAGAAGUGAGUAUUGUUUUAAUUUCAAUCAUAUUGUCAUAACUUAAGGAUAGAAUACUAUAGCUAAUACUAAUAUUACAUAGUCUGAUUUUUAAUACUAGUAGUUGUCAGAUUGUAGCUAAGUUAGCUAUAAUUUACCAAACUGAGAUGUGUAGUGGAUAGUGAGUGAGUUUAUAGCUUAACACAAGACACCUUCGGUAUUGUUACACAUCAUAACUACUAAUCACAGGUUGCAAUCAAAGACAUGUAUUUUGACCAAAAUAAAUUUUUCUAACCAGACUCACUACUGUACUUACUCUUGUCAAGAAGUUUAUGUUUCUGUAGGUUGUAUUUGUUAUUUAACAGCAUAAAAUAGAUUGUUAUAUUU